UAGUUUUAAAUCAGUUAUGUUUUUGUUUUGCAUUGUGUUUGGUGUGAGGGUGGGGAAUGUAGUUGAGUGAUUCGUGCAGGCGAUUUUCAUGACCAUGAUGUGCUGUAUUUCAGAAAGACCUUCGUACGCGUAAUAAUUACCGUUCAGCCAUCGUAAACAUACUUUGAUUAUUUAAAACGCAUGAAAUGGCAGCCAUACUGCGUGUCAAACGCCGUUGCGACGAGGAUCCCCACGAAGCUCUAUUAUUAUCCUGCAAGAGACUGAAACAUGAUGAAACUCCAGAGAGUAACUCGCAUUCUUACACAGCGCUGCUUCAGUUUGCCGGCACGAUUAACACACAGGAAGAAAAUGUGGCACAGCAUAUACUCAAGAAAUCAAAGAAGUCCAUUCCCAGGACAUCAAAGAAGCAUGUCACCAACAUACUAGAGAAACUUCGUGCAGAAAGCAAGCAAAUAUCACAAGAAAACAGAUUUAAGGUUGUGAACUGCUUCAGAGCACUAAACACAGCUGACACAGACGAUGAGAAGUCACCGCCCACAGAAGCAGCUGGAUCUGGAGAAAAGGAAGGGAGUCAAAUGAUAACAGUGGUUGAUAUUGAAAAAAGUCCACCAGAGAGGAAUAAAGAUCAUACUACACCAUCAGAGAUAACAAACCCUUCUAGCGAAGAUAAAAACUACGUAUAUGAUUUGUAUUACACAGAAAAGAUUGAUUUUGAUGACAUGUUGCUGGACACUCAACUGAGUAUCCAUCCUAUGGAAUCAGAACUGGUAUAUGAUGUAGAUGAAGAAGAUGAUAAAUUUCAGUUGGAGGAAGAGGACAGUGAUUCAAAUGAUGAAAAUAAUUGGCGCAAUGAUUAUCCAGAUUCUGAUAAUAGUAUCAAUGAAGAUGACAUGAUGCUGGCCAUGCAGAUGGAUGACAUGAAUAUAGAUAAUGAGCUUUCAAGUGAUGAUGGAGAGGAAGAUUAUAUUUAUAGUAAGGAAGCUGAUCCAAAGGAUAUCAGACUUUAUGGCUCCUCCUAG